UUCGCUUGCGCUCGUGCUUCAUUAGCGAAACGUCGCCGGAUAUCGAACGUAUUAUAGUUUUGGUGUAGUCCUAUUUUUCUGCUGUCUCAACGUGAUUAAGUGCCCGUCGUGUGCGAUUAAUAUCGAGAGUGUCGUACAAAGUGCCGCGGUCGUUGUACUCCAAUGAUUAAUGCACGCUUAAUCGUAAUUAACGUAUUUUCGCGAACAGAUGCUGUGUGAGUGCCGUGAAGGAGCAACAAUGGCGAAACAAGAGAGGAGAAGAAGGUCGGGGAGGCAUCAGGUGAUGGCGGAGCAACCGCGGGUUACAUCGUUGUUUUUGAGACCUGUUACACAUUUGCGUAAGUGCUCUUUGCCCUCGGGAAUGAAUAUCGACUAACUGCGCGCGCCCGCCGACAGUUGUGUUGUCCGACCGACGUUGAUCGGCUUUGGCGAUGCGCAAAGCGCAGAUCCAACCUAUCGAUCUUCCUCUUUCAUCUCCUUCAUGUGGAUCAUAGUUGUUGUAACCGACGCAAUCGCCGCGUAUUUGCAAGCGCCCACACGAGCUCCCGUAUGCUUACCGCACAAGGCGCGGCAUUUAUCGAGGAGCGAUGCUACUUUGUGAUGGACUCGAUUGACGAACGUUUGAUGUCACUGAGCGAUGUCGAUCGCUGACUGGAUUUUGCAAGCAUGCAUGAGCGGACCAAAGGAAAAUCAUCUGUACACAAACAGUUUGGAAUUCAAAACGUCGCGCAGACGCAAAGAGAAAAGCUGGGAUGCCGACCAUGGAAUCUCAGUCUGACGAGCGUGAUCAUCCUGGCGCUGUCGAAUAUGUUGCUGACGUUCCUGCUGCUGCAAUCGGAGACUUGCACGCCGGAAGCCAUUCCGCGGGAAAUGGAGGUGAGCGCCGUCACCGAAUGGAAUCUCGGCACCCUCGUCAAGCACGAGCAACAGUCGGAAUGCAUCACCCAGGAUUACCAGCCCACGUCACCUGACUCUAACAGUCUCAAACUGGACGUUAAGCUUGGCAGAUGGGACGCCCGGCGGAUAUUCCGGAUGUUCGACUCGGUGCUGGUCGGUAGCAGGUUCACGGAGCUUUCGCAGACCUAUCGGGUGUGUCUGGCUACCCAGAGCUCUGUGGAAAAACUACACUCACUGGUACAAGUCGCUCUGCACUGGACCGGGCCGAUGUCCGUGGCGCUUUACGCCGCUGGUGACGAAGAAUUCGAGGUGCUUCAACGUUACCUGGUGUACCUGAGAAAAUGCUACGAAUCCAUUAGAGAGAGGGUGAUCUUCUCUCUGGCUGUACCAAAGAUGCGAACGCCUAAGAAGCAACCGCGCGUCUUUGAGCUGCCGGAUAUUGUUGAUUGUGCCAAACCGGAAGCCACCCUCAACGAGUUCAUGACCCGCGUGCCGACCGAGCAGACCAAUUGGCGGAUACGGAACGUGUAUCCGCAGAACCACAUGCGGAACUUGGCGCGCAAAAACUGCCAGACGGACUAUGUGUUUUUAACGGACGUCGACAUUGUCCCGAGCUUCAAUCUGACGGUUGUGCUCGACGAGUUCCUCAGGAACGACAACUGUGAUAAGUGCGCCUAUGUAAUACCCACGUACGAAAUAGACACACGCGUGAGAUUUCCCCCAAAUAAAACGGAGUUGAUCAGGAUCGCCAGGAAAGGCCUGGCCAGGCCAUUCCAUCAAAAAGUCUUCAUACAUAAUCAGUUCGCCACGAAUUUCACAAGGUGGCUGCAGGACAUAUCACCGAACCAUAUACAUUAUGAAAACGUAAAGACAGGCAAGGUCUACGUUAGUCACGACGUGACGAAUUUCGAAUUCCUUUACGAGCCGUUUUACGUGGCGAAGGAUAUCGUACCGCCCCACGAUGAGAGGUUUAUGGGAUACGGAUAUACGAGGAAUACCCAGGUUUACGAGAUGUACGUGACGGGUUAUCAGUUCAAGGUGCUAUCGCCGGUAUUUACGGGCCACUGGGGACUGCAGACCAGGAAGACCAGGCCCGCUUGGCGCGAGCGUCAAAACAGUGCCAACAGGAAACAAUUCGAAACAUUCAAGAAGGAGGUGUUCGCUCGUUAUAUGCGAGAUCCGCUGAAAAUGAUGAAGAACGCCAACUGACAAAAGGCUCAUCGAGGAUCUCAUUGAUUUGAGACUCCUCCAAUGUUUACGUUCGUCCUUACACUGAACAUCGAGGAACCUAAAGUAGAAUUAGGCCUCUGACUACUGUCAGUACUCACCACGUAAUGUAGUUAAUAAUAGAUUCGAAGUGUUUCGCGUGAUCGAACAAGUCAACGAAGAAUUCGCCCGACUAACCUUUUUUCUUCUUCAUUUUCUACUAUUAUUUCACAACUUGAUUUAUCAUACAGAUUUUAUAAUUUCCUCUCUCAAUAUAAACAAUUGAAAUACCUUAUCGGUCAUAGCUACAUCUUUCGAAGCAUUUCGACUGUUGUAUACAUUGUAUAUCUUCAUAUAUCGGUCCAAGUCCUCUAUUAACCCUUACUUAACCACACUGGCUAGAAGUGUCAAAACGAAGCCUAACUUUGUGAAUCUUUUUGUAGAAAAAUGGAAAGAGAGAAAGAGCAGUCGGAUUUUGUUUACAAAAAUUAUACUUCUCUUUAUCAUUUAAAUUUUAGAGAAGUAAUUUAAGAAGUAAUUAUAACUUUAGACUACAAUUCCGCCACGCAAAAUUGUGUGAGGUACGUUUGUAUCCUACCAUAGUGGUGUUAUUGGAUUAACGUGAUUUCCCUUUACUUAAUUUUUAGACGAAUUGGACUUAUAAAAUCGAAUUUUUCGCCCACUGAUACAUUCGUACUGAUGCAUUCGUAUAUUAUAAAAAAAAAUACUUAUACAUUUAAACAUUCAAAACGUUUACGCGAAAGGAAAAGAAAUCUAUCACCGGUCGGUCUUAUAUCCCUUUUGUGUCUCCUCUAGAGCUGGAAUAAUGGUGAAACUGUAUUAAGCGCAACGAUAGAGUGCUCCAGUAUGCUCGAGAGAACAGAUGCCACAGAUCGGGUAACCGCGAUCGGUGGAUUCGCGCCACUUAUCGAACCUUCCGGUUCAGCGACUCCGCUAGACAGAAUCAACCGCGAAAGCUCUUGUUACUUCCGCUCACGAUUUCCCAAAGUCAUCAGAGACCCGCCAUGUGGGAUCGCGGAAUAAAUAUCUCGUCGUGAGUUUCGCGGCACGUACUCGCGCACGACGAGCGGGAAAACGAGGGCAGGGGAUCUUAAGUGAGCGUACCUCGUUAGCUGUCUGGGGCUUAAGAGGGUGGCGUUUAAAUCCAAAAUCGAUACUCCGCUUGACGCUACUGGCGUAGCCUCCCUGAACGUAAAAUAAACAAAUGGCAUAAAGUGUCGCCGUGACGCGCGUAUCGUUUCGGAUUUGUAUCGAAAAAAGACGUGAAUGUAUGAAGUGUCUCAAGUCGUAGUACCUUUAAUUAAUGAAUUUCUUGAUUAAUGUCGUAAACUUUUUUCUCCGACAAAAAGUGGCAUUGAUAUUUUAAUUAUAGGAAUUUCAUAAUUUAGAAAACUUUACAAAUUAAACAUUAGAAUGAAAAUAGACAAUAAAAAGUUACAGGAGGUAUACUUUGGCCGAAUUUUAAUUUAAGAUACGAUUAGACUAGAUAUACAUUUAUCGUUCGAAUUUAGCUAAAUUUAAUUUGAAUAAUUUGUAAAUAAUAAUAAUUUGGGAGAUACAAGGAAAUUUGAGAUUACUAUUAUAUAAUUGAGUGACGGAUAGCAAAUAUGAGUGAAUGGAAAGUCAUAAUUUUACAUCAUCGCGAAACAUCGCGAUCUACGGAGUCAAGGGAUCGACGAUAUUCCGUGCGACAUCUCGAGGCGUAAUGCGCCCGUUCCCUUUAGCAAUAUAAUCAAGCCGCUUUGCAGGUUGCGCGCUAUGUCUUUACGUUAAUAUCGACGUUUGCUUUACGUUACGAACUUACAGAAUUAAUUGGACGAGAUGUCUUGAGAUUUGCAGGCACACGUGUGUGCGGAUAUGGUCCACAUUUGCUCGAGCGUUGUGUAAGCUCAACAGCGACAACGAUUGCUCAAUAAAUAUCAUCAUCGACAACGUUUUACCCGAUUGAUCCUUAAGAUAACAUGCUGUCAUUCUCUCUUUUAACUGACACGGUGAGUCUUCUCAGAUUUUUAUAAGCUCUUUUGUUGUAAUAACCAAGUGUUGUCGAAUAAAAUUUUAUUUCAUUAUUCAUGCUUCAAAAAGGUUUGCAAAAAAUGAUGAACAUUGACAAAUGUAUAUAAUUUAUAUAAAUAUAGGUAAAAUAAUAUAUACUUAUAUUAUAACAUUUAUUAAAACUUGUUCUAAUUUUCAAAGCAAUGAAGUAAAACAGCCGAUGUCAGUUAAAAGUUGAAACGUCAACGUUUAGUUAAGGCACAGAGUCAUCUUUAUAUUGUAAUGUUUUUACUGAUGUAUAAAAUAUAGUGUAUAAGUGGUGUUGUGAAAUAAUAAAGUGUAAUAAAGAGAAUUGUGAAACCAUA